AUUUUGAACUAGAAGAAUGGGGGUUCCUUAUUGAUGACUCAAGCAAGAUCAGUGCCUAGAUAGGAAAGAUUCUAGGUUAGGGAGUUUUGUGCAGAAGCUGGAGGGAGAUCUGUAUUUGGUCUCGUUCGUGCAUACCCCAAGGGUUUUUGUAGACCAGGAAAAUGAGAACAUUCCAAGAUAUGAGAAGAGCCAAGUCCUUCAAGAAAGGUCUAAGAUCAACGAUAGCGAGGAUAGUAAAAGUAACGGGGAUAGCCAGCAAGAUAUCAACCCUAUUAAUGCUAACUUAUAUAAAGAUUUCGAUGAUUGGAGGAUAAUCUCGAAUGAUGCAGAGCAAACCAGGAUUAAAUAAGAUUGUUGUAUAUUCAGACUACUACGUGUGCGGAAUGGAUGUUACUUAUGUAAACCAGGAUGGCAAGGAGACUACCUCAAAGCAUGCCUUUGACAAGUCUUGCCUCAGGUCAGAGAGUUGUAAGUAAAUCAGAGAUCGAUAUUGAAGAGGACGAUUACAUCGUUUACAUUAGCUGUUCUUACUCAUCUCAAAAAUAAAUUCAUUAGGUCUUUUAAGAUCGGGACUAAUAAUAGAAAAUUGGUGAUUAAUGAAGGAGAAAUUGAGCUCAAAUAAUGCUGGCCCCAAUAUGCUAAAAGAGGUCGAUCUUGUACAGAGCAAGACAUCUAAUGACGACAGUCGAAAAAGUAGAGCUUUAUUUAGGUCUCUUGGUCUAGGGUCGCAAGAGGAGAAAGUUGAAAAUGCUGCAUUGCUCAGAGACAGCCAUAACUCCGAAGCUUGAGGAAGGGCAAAUGAGCAUGAGGAGUUAUUUCACAACUCAUAUGAGGAUUCUUUCUCUCUAAAGCGGGCUAGUCUAGUCGAUGCUUUCCUUAAGACCCAAUCCUGAAAUUUCAAGAAGCUCAAGUUAAAAGUUUGCGGGUUUAAGACAUAUUUCAACGGCUAUAUGGAGGACAUUGAAGUGUAUGCUUCAACUUUAGACAGCUCUGAGCUAUCUCAGAGCUCAUUUGCUGAAUAAACUGGCAAGUUUUCAAUCAAAA